AUGGUAGAAAGACUAUCAUUAAGCGAAGAGUUUUGCAGUCAAGCCGGAGCAUUGGAGCGCCACUCUUCCAAGCAACGAGCGAUAGAUUUGGGAUCUACUGCAGAUCUGUCAGUAUUGGACGGUGGAGCUAUGGCCAAGGCACGGAUCAGCUCUGCAGAGUUAGCACAGCGCAAGGAAGAGUAUUACGAACUGCUGGAAACCAGUGAUAGCUCACUACGAGAUGUUUUAAAUCAGAGAGGAGGACUGGUGCUUGCUCGCGUGGGACGUUACCAGCCGUGGCCAGCAAGGUUUAGCGAGCCAGGGGAGUUUGCCAAAAUGGCACGGUAUCGAGCUAAGAAAGGACAGGCUUGCGUCUAUUUUUUUGGCAGUAGAAACUACGGAUGGGUUACCAAGUCGUCAAUUCAGCCAUUUCCGGAAGAUAUUUUGACACUCACGUCGUCGAAUAAAUACAACCAGGCUCUUAUUCAAAAAGCACUGGACGAAGCAAAGCUUGUCAUGGAUGUAACCGACGAUACCGGCAAACGUUUCUUCGACCGCAUCAUGGAACGCAAAAAUGAAGUUGUGGACUUGCCGUGCGAACGCUGUAAUCGAGUGGACGACCACUAUUCGCUUUUAAUUUUAUGUGACGGAAAGAAUUGCAAACGCGAAUAUCACAUGAAUUGCCUUGUUCCUCCACUGGUGGCCGUUCCGCCCGGCGAGUGGUUUUGCCCGGACUGCGAGAAAGACCGUGAAAAGGAACGCGAAAAGCAUGACCUAAAGCGUGCGAAGGCAGACGCAAUGGAUAAGCAAGACGUGACCUCUACAAGAGUGAACGCAGUCGAUGGGAGUUUGCCGUUAGUCAGGAUGUCGUCGGUCAAGAAGCCGAAAAAGCACAAUUAUAAGUCCAAGAAUGGCACAAUGAAGCGCUGCUUGGGUUCCUCUUCUCCAGAUAGGCCCAGCAUAAAAAAGUCGCGAGGUCGACGGUCAUCGUCUUGCGAAGCCUCGCCACCACAGGUAAAGGAUAUUGUGCUUCCAAAAAAGCUGGACGGGAGAAAAAAGAAACCAUCUCAACUUUCGAUUCCUAGCAGCAGAGCUCAACUUUUGUCCGAACCGGAAUACAACACAGGUGACGAAGAACAGCGGUCCGAGGAAAAGUGUUUGCUUUGCAGUUUCGGAGGGGAACUGAUAGUGUGCGAGUUUCCUGGGUGCACUAAGGUCUACCAUCAAUUUUGUUUGGGCGCUUAUCCGUUUCCGAAGGAUGAAAAUGCAAUUUGGUGUUGCCCUCGACACACAUGUGCGCUCACAGGGGAGAAGGAAACAUGCGAUGACUAUGAGAAGCUGACAAGUAAGCAAAAGUAUGCAUCGCCUCGGAAGAGUAUGGUUAGAAACUGUCUAUGGAAAUGCAUCUUGUGCCCUGUUGCAAUAUCAGACGAAGCUCUGCCUCAGGUAUAUGUGCCGCAGGGAAACAUAUUCUCUAAGAAAUUGAGGACAUUUAUCUGUCCCUAUUGCUUCAUUACGCCACUUAAAGUUCAGCUUGCGAAAAGGCUCGAAAAGGUCUGGUCAACUAUGGCCACAAAUCGACAGGGGAUGCCGUUCUGUGGUCCGUUGUUGUGUGGGAUCGAAUUGGUAAAUGGUAAAUUGGAGGCCAAUAGGACACAGCUGGAUUUGUUCAAGGUGCUUGCACGGAUCCGUCGAUUAGAAUACGAAGAAUCGAUGGCAUUUUCAAGAGACAUUGACGAGGUAGUUGCCAAUGCUCUCAAUCUUAUUGCAAACCGCUCGUUUCCACUGAUAGAGGCGGCAAAGACACUGAAAAUUAUUCGUAACGAGCAGUUUGCAAUUCAUCAACAGAAGUUUAAUUUUUUGGACAACAAAAUUUGCCGCCUGAAAAAUGCGCGAGAGAACGAAGACGAUGAUGAGGAUGAGUACAUACGAAGAUGGCCUCUUCGAUGGCGUCAAGAAUGUGGUCCAUUUGAUGACUCGUACUUUCCUCAAGUGGACGCAAUGUCGCUGGAAGAGUGGACUGCGUUUGUUUCUGCCGCGCCUUUAUAUGCAAGCGGUGAUGAAUUUGACGGCCGAGGAGAUACUGGAAUGUACAUGAGUGACGAGAUGAGUGGAAAUGAAGAUGUACCCCAGCAGCCGGUAGGGUCGAUGCGUAGCAGGAGUCCGUCAUUAGGCUCCGUGAGUGAGUCAUCUGGCCCUCCAGUGGCAAGGCGGACGAAGUCAAGCAUUGGCUUGUCAGAAGGAACGGAUGUGAUUAUGGCUCUUGGAGAUCUGUCAAAGCCAGGGUCUGGCAAUCAAAAACGAAGGUUUGGUGGUGAGCUGGCGAAAGGACUGGACAGCGUGGAUGCUCGCGAGUUUUUUCUGUCUCCGUCAACGAGCGAGAUGCAGCACAUGUUUAAUCAACAGUCUACCCUUUUGCGCAGCGCAUUAGAGGCGCACUCGACAUUGCAGCGGUCAUGGCUUAUUAGCCAACAAGACAUGCUGGGUCUUGGCGGACGUGGAGGAUUCUCUGUUGGGGAAGGGCGGCUUGCCGCGGAACUGCGGCUGGCAAACAAGAAUUUGAGACAACGACUGCGUAACAAGGACAAAUUAGUAGAUCAGUUGACUUCGGACCACAUGACACUUCGGGCAGAGGUGAUCAACCUAAAGAGAGAACUGUCGCAAAGCAAGACUCAUGCCCGAGAGUUGAAAGAUCAAAUUGCCAAUACAGGUAUCAUCAAAAGCCAGAGUGAAGCUUGUUUCAAAAACCGUGAUACUGCGUCGAAUGGGGGUGCUUCCGCCACAGCAUAUCGUACAACUGACAUGGAGCACAUGUUUCAAGCAAACAAUUGCGCUAGCAAUAGCGAAAAAUAA